AUCGAACAACAUGGGAGGGCCUUGCUCGAGUCGCACAGUCAGUCGAAAAAAAUAUUGACAGCGGCACAAGCAAGUUCGCGAUGCCGACUAGCCCCAAGUCGCCCACGAAGGAGCCCCUGCUCGACGACAAUGAGCGGCUGCCCGACGUGUACAAUUCGCUGCACUUCAAGAGCAUCCAAGACCCGUACCGGUCCAUCGCGUCGGAAGGAAUGAGCAUGUACAGCACCAUCCACGCCAACGACGUCGCGUCCAUGCUGUCGGGGGGGCUCGAGCGAUUUUACGAAAAGUACCGCCUAUUGUCCAAGAAGGCCAACCUGCACUUGGCGACCCCCGAAGUUCGCUUCGAGAACUUGAGCUACACCGUACAGGCGCGUCAAAUGACGAUGGCCGAGAAGCAGGGCACGGUCGGGUCGUACGUCGGUCGCAUGUUCACCCCGUUCAAGCAAACCGUGUACAAGGAGCAGGUGGUGCUGCAGCCCAUGAGCGGCAUAAUCAAGGCUGGCAGCAUGACGCUCAUCCUGGCUAACCCUGGGUCGGGCAAGUCGACUUUCUUGAAGGCAUUGGCUGGCAAGUUGGACCAAAACAAGAAGUGCGCCCAAGGCGGCGAUAUCACAUUCAGCGGCUUGAAGGCCACUGACGUAGACCCGUUGAAGAUCGUCGGGUUGGUCGACCAGCGCGACAACCACGCUCCGACGUUGACGGUGCGCGAGACGUUCCGGUUCGCCGACUACAGUUUGAACGGCACACCCGACAGCCAGCCGGAAGAGCUGCAGGAAGUGGCCAAGCUGCGCACAGAAAUGAUCAUCCAGUUGUUGGGGCUGUCCAACUGCGCCGAAACUGUUGUGGGUGAUGCGCUGCUCCGUGGGUGCAGUGGGGGCGAACGCAAGCGCGUGACGGUGGGUGAGAUCCUAGUGGGCGGUCAAAGCGUGUUCUUGUGUGACGAAAUCAGUACCGGGUUGGACAGUGCGGCGACGUUUGACAUUGUGUCGUCCCUGCGCACGUGGUGCAAGACGUUGGGGGGGUCGGUGGUCAUCGCCCUGCUACAACCUACCCCCGAAGUUGUUGAACAGUUCGACGACAUCCUCAUGCUCAACGAAGGGUACAUGGUGUAUCACGGCCCCCGCACGUCCAUCCUGCCGUACUUUGAGAACCUCGGGUUCUACUGUCCAUUGCGUGUAGACCCGGCCGACUUUUUGAUCGAAGUCACGUCUGGCCGCGGCAAAAAGUACUUGGCCGCCGACGACAAGUCUCGCAAGAUCCCGAUUUACCCCAACGAAUUCAACGACGUGUUUACCCAAAGCGAGCUGCACAAGUCCACGCUUACUGAGCUUUCCGCGGGCUUCAAUGUUCCCAGUCAUUUACAAACUGCGCAGGACUUUGCCAAGGUGAAGAGUGUGACUGCGAUCGCCCGCACCAAGGAGACUUCCCCCUUCGCCAUGGGGUUCUUGGAAAGCACCGUGUUGCUCUUAGGUCGUCAGAAGACGCUGUGGUUGCGCGACCGCCCGCUCUUGUGGGGCAAGUUGGCCGAAGCGCUGAUCGUGGGGUUGUGUAUGGGGGCCAUCUACUACAAGCCAGCCCCGAGCAUCUACCUGCGCAUGCUGUUUUUCUCGUGCGCGGUGUUCCAGCGGCAAGCGUGGCAGCAGAUCACGAUCGGGUUCGCCCUUCGCUCGGUCUUCUACAAGCAGCGAUCACGCAACUUUUUCCGCACCGUGUCGUACACAAUUGCGGAAUCGAUCGUGCAAGUGCCUGUCAACCUGUGCGUGUCGCUGCUCAUGUGCACGUUCUUCUACUUUAUGAGUGGCUUGACUGUGGACGCUGGCCGGUUCUUUGUGUUUUUGGCGACGUGCGUGAGCUUCCAACACGCCCUCGGCGCGUACAUGUCGUUCCUGAGUUCGAUCUCGCCCAGCAUCACGAUCGGGCAGACCCUGGCGGCAUUUUCCGUGUGCUUCUUCCUGCUCUUCUCUGGCAACAUCAUCUUGUACGACUUGAUCCCUACCUACUGGACGUGGAUGUACUGGUUCAACCCGAUGGCGUGGGCGUUGCGCAGUGUCGUGCUGAACGAGUUUUACAGCGACAACUACCAAGCCAACACGACUCGUGCCACCAACUUGCGCAACGUACAGAUGGUCUCGUUUAGUGAAAGCUACAUUGGCAUCGGCAUCCUUGUGCUGCUGGCGUACUACAUCCUCUUCACGGCCAUGAAUACAGCUGCGUUGCACUAUUUCCGAUACGAAAAGCGCUUGGGUGUGUCUGGAGGGUCCAAGGUCGGCGAAGACGACGAGGACAACGUGUACAUCCAAGUGGCAACCCCCGGCGGCACCCUCGUGAAGCAAGAGCGUAAGAAGGACCAAGGCCUGGCGUUCAUUCCGGCCAACUUGGUGAUCAAGAACUUGGACUACUACGUGACGUUGCCGACCAAGGUGGAGCGCCAACUCUUGAACAACAUCACGGCGAGCUUCACUCCUGGCCGCAUGUGCGCGCUGAUGGGUGCGACGGGCGCCGGGAAGACGACGUUGAUGGACGUGAUCGCUGGCCGCAAGACGGGCGGCCGCAUCGGCGGCGAUAUCAUCAUCAACGGCGAGCCCAAGAACCCAGUCAACUUUAGCCGCAUCACGGCGUACUGCGAGCAGAUGGACAUCCACUCUGAAAUGUCCACGAUCGGCGAAGCGUUGUGGUUUUCGGCCAACUUGCGCUUGCCCGAGACGAUCACGGCCGACGAGAAGCGCAACUUGGUGGAGGAAACCCUCGACCUGCUCGAGCUCAACGGCAUCAUCAACGAGCAAGUGGGCGACUUGUCUGUGGAGCAGAAGAAGCGCGUGACGAUUGGGGUCGAAGUGGUGGCGAACCCGAGCAUCUUGUUCUUGGACGAGCCCACGUCUGGCUUGGAUGCGCGGUCGGCCAUCACGGUCAUGAAGGGCGUGCAGUCCAUUGCUCGCACGGGCCGCACGGUGCUGUGUACCAUCCAUCAGCCGUCGAUUUCGAUCUUCGAACUGUUUGACGACUUGUUGCUGCUGCAACGCGGCGGCUUUGUCGCGUACAACGGCGAGCUUGGCCAGGACAGUUCCAAGUUGUUGGAGUACUUUGCGUCGAUCCCUGGCACGGAAGAGAUCCGCCCCCAGUACAACCCUGCCACGUACAUGCUGGAAGUGAUUGGCGCCGGGAUUGGGCGCGACACCAAGGACUACUCGGUCGAGUACACAAAGAGUGAAUUGUGCAAGUCGAAUGUCGAAAGAGCCCUACGCCUGGCGCUUCCCUCGCCUGACUUUGUGGGGUUCUCGACGCUGAACUGGACUCCCAUGGCCACGAGCUUUGGCAACCAGCUCAAGGAGUGCGUGACCAAGUGCUUGCAGACGUACUGGCGCAGCCCCCAGUACAAUUUUGUGCGUCUGACGUCGUUCCCGUGGUUCGCCCUCGUGUUUGCCACGACGUUUUACCAAUUGCCCCGUAAAACAGUGUCGGAGAUCCGAUCACACAUUGGGUUGAUCUACAACUCGAUGGAUUUUAUCGGUAUCAUCAACCUCAUGACGGUGCUGGACAUCACGUGCUUGGAGCGUGCCGUGUUCUACCGUGAGCGCAUGUCCAACUACUACGGCCCGCUGCCGUACAGUCUGUCGUUGUUUGCGUCGGAAGUGCCGUACUUGGUGGUGGCUGUGUCCUUGUUUGUGCUGGUCGAGUACUGGAUGAUCGGAUGGGUGCCGGCGUACUUUGUGUUCUUCUGGUUCACGUUCUUCCUGUACACGUCCAUCUGCACGUUCUUUGGCCAGUGGAUGUGCGCGCUGUGCCCCAACACCAAGGUGGCCAACGUGGCCGUGGGAGCAGUGUCGUGCAUUUUCAACUUGUUCAGUGGCUUCUUGCUGCCAUACCCCAUGAUGCGGGGUUGGUACAAGUGGAUCAUCUACAUCGUGCCGUCGAGUUACUCGUUGCGGUCGUUAGCUGUGAGUCAAGUGGGCAUUUGCGAGAAUGGCGAGGGCAACGGAUGCCACCAAUUGGAGGGACUGGCCAACUACACUGGCAACGUGGCCGAUUGGGCUCAAAAGGAAUUCGAAUUCAACCCCGAAAACCGCUACAACUACAUGCUGGUUUUGAUCGGCAUGUGGGUCAUCUUGCAGACGUGCAUCUACUUGACGUUGAAGUAUGUCAGCCACUUGAAGAGAUAAAAAAUCCCGCGUUAAUUUGUAUUAUGCAUUGUGGA